AUGGCCAGGGCCAUCCUCCACAACAGUACCAACCACCGCCGCAGCACUACCAACCACCCCCACAGCAAGGUUAUCCAGGCCAGCAGCUGCCUGGGAACCGUCACAUUGAAGACGGCGACCGGGCACUUCACCCGGACAAGCACGACACGCGUGCUGGCCGUAUCGAGAAGUACGGAUGGCGGUCGGACGUUCGAAGACUGGGGAGAAGUCUCCCGCGGCGAGGGCGACGUCGACAACGUGUUUCUGCUGGAGGUCGCUCCGGGGACCGUGCUGGCGGCGUUCCGGAACCACGACCUGGGCCCCAACGGGCCCACGCACUUCCGGAUCACGGUGUGUCGGUCGACGGACUGCGGCCGGAGCUGGCACUUCCUGUCGCAGGCGGCGGAGAAGAGCCCGCCGCACGGCAUCUGGGAACCGUUCAUGCGGCUGGGCCGCGGCGGCGAGGUGCAGCUGACGUAUUCGCUGGAGUUCGCGCAUAACAACCAGAGCACGAUGAUGGUGCGGUCGUUCGACGGCGGCGCUACCUGGACUCAGCCGCAGUGUCUGCACGGGGACUGUGAUCUGCUGCGAGAUGGGAUGAACGGUAUUGCGCCGACCUGGGAUAACGGUCGCGAGGCGCUGGUGAUGAUCUUCGAGACAACCUCCUUCGGCACGUUCAACUUGGAGGCCCUGAUCUCCUACGAUGACGGCCAGACUUGGGGCUGGCGUCAUCGCGUGUAUGUCCCGCCGCAGGGCCACAAUGCCGGAGCGCCCCAGAUCGCCUCCUUCGCUGAUGGAUCGCUGGCGGUUAUCUUCAUGACCGAUGAGGACCACCAGGAGGUGUCCUGGACGAAGAAUGCCUCCAUCAAGGUCGUCUUUGCUGGACCCCCGCAGAACGGCCAGAUUCACUGGACCAGACCGUCCGUGAUCUGUCCUCAUAGUAGUCAUUGGCCGGGCAUUACGCCUGUGGAUGGGAAUACUUUAUUUGCAACUUUUGAAUGCGAAGGACGCCCGAGGGCAAAGGCAAUCACUCUACGCUGA